AUUAUAAUGCUUAAAAUACAGUUUUAAAACUUUAUUUAGUAUAUAUUAUUAUGCUCUGGGGAGAGUGGGGAGGGUAAUACAAUAUACGUUCAGUCAGCACAUGAAAAUUUUCUAGCAUCGUGUUUUGUGUUCCUGACGAAGAAUGUUAAAUUUAGCCUAUGCGUGUCUGAUUGCACUUUAGGGGAUUACGUUGCUUUGUCCAAUAAAUCUCUUCCCAGAAAUCCUGGAAGUAGUUUGGGGAGAAGAGGGGCUAAUGCAGACUUUUCAAGUUUGCCAGAUCAGGAUUUCUGGAUACCGAAAAUCAUGGUGGUGUACUGAAAGCACCAGAAGAAUCAGGAAGUUCCUAGUGUGAAAACUGUCCUUGUAUUGUGAUGCUUUGGGUAUGCCACUCUGUGUUUUUCCCCCCAGCUUCUCAAAACUGAAAUUAUUUGGAAAAAUCACGUUUCACCACCAUGGAUAUCUUUUACACUAGCGGAGUCCAAUUUGCUGAAACGCUUCAGGGUACUCUGCCUGGACUGGAGGACUUUUGGCUUUGGGUAACCUUUUUCGGGGAUCCCAAAUGUGUCUUCAUAAUUUAUUUCCCUCUUGCUUACUUCCUGUUGGAUAAGAAGAUUGGAUUGACGGUGCUGUGGUUGGGCCUAAUCUCAGAAUGGCUGAACUUGACGUCUAAAUGGUUGUUAUUUGGUGAACGGCCCUUCUGGUGGAUCUUUGAAUCUGGAUUUUCCAAGAAGAAGGAUUUUUUUUUCCGUCAGUUCCCAUCCAGUUGUGAAACAGGACCAGGCAGUCCUUCUGGCCACUGUAUGAUCACCGGUGCAGCCCUGUGGCCAAUUGUAAGCAUUCUGGCCAGACAGAUAGCCCAGAAUUCCAAAAGUUGGAUCAUGAGGGCAGUGCCCUUUACUAUUUAUUUUGUCCUCUUGCUGCUUAUCGGACUAUCACGCAUCUUCAUACUUGCUCAUUUUCCCCAUCAAGUUAUUGGUGGCAUUUUGGCAGGGAUCAGUCUAGGCUGGCUACUUCAAUCCUGGGUCCCACUGGAAAGAGGAUUCCGUUUCUACCUGAUGACUUCAUUCUCCCUUGGGCUAAGUGCCACAGCGAUUUAUUGGACAUUGAUUACUCUUGGCAUAGAUCUCAACUGGUCAAUGAAACUUGCUGUGAAGUGGUGUGAAAAUCCCAAGUGGAUCCACAUGGACACAUACCCAUUUGCUUCCCUGUGUCGUGAUACAGCCACAGUCCUUGGACUGGGAUUGACCUUCCACUCUUCAUCCUAUACCCAAUUGAAGCUGGAGAGACUUGGUUGGCUUCAGAGGGGAUGGUGUGCCAUCCUGUCUCUUGUCAUCCUGUACUUCCUAAGUAGUAUUGCCCAACCACAAGGCGUAGCUCUGUGGUAUGGGCUGAAUUUUGUAAAAUAUGCCAGUUUCCCAUGGAUAGUAAUUUCAUUGCUUCCCAAAGCAAUUCAAAUACUGGCCUCUCCAGGAAUACCAUCUCACACAGAGUAGCUGGUUUUUCCUUGAAAUAUUUAUUCUUUUUCCUUAGAUCUUUCCACUGAAGGAAAUGCUGUAUUUCCUUCAAGAUAUAGAGCAGCCGUACCCAAACCAUGGUUCAUGGCCCACAUAUGGUCCUGAACAUUUAGUGAUAUGGCCCCACAAGAUCAUAAAAUUUUAACAUGAAAAUUCAUUCUGCAGGGCACAUCCAGAAGAUCUCCAGUUCAGUCUCCAGCAUUUUCACGGAGGGCUAGAAAAGGUUCUCCAGUAAAAUCAAUGGAAAACUGAAUUAGAUAGUUUGAUAAUUCAAUUUUAUAUAGGGCAGCUUCCUGUAAUUCUAAGUGCUUUGUCUUGCCUUAGUUUGGCCAACAGCUUGAGGUCAAAGUCCUAUCACUGGCCAGUAUAAAAUAGCUGUUUUACCAAAAUGAGGUAGAAACUGUUGUUUCAUGUAUGUCAAAGUUCGCCAUUGUUUGAUGCAAUUAGAAGUAUCCCUGUUGAAGGCACGUAUCCUUAUUCAGUUCUGUAGCCCAAAGAAACCAAGGCAAGAUACGUUGUGUUACUUUUUUUUUUUUUUCUGACUGAUAAAUUCUUCCUAGAGCAAAAAUGGCUACUCUGACAAGCUGUCAAUUUUUCUAAAGCUGGCUGGUUCAUCAUGAGUUAGCAUCAGGGAAGAGCUCUUCGGAAGGGCUGAACUUCCUCUUCCUAAAUAUUCUGUUGCUUUCUGGAAUUGAGUUGGAACGUUUUCCUGAUUUGUGUGAGCAUGGAGCCUCACAAUGGUUACUAUAUGAAUAGUAACAUUCCCUUUCAUAGAGCAGUAUGCAAUUAUUCAGGAAGAAAUUAAUUCUUUUAAAUCCGUGAAAUAUUGGAAGGGCUUCGUAUCCAGAGUUACAACAGUGUCCAAAUCCAGAGCUUUGAAUCCAGAGCUACAACAGUGUCCAAAUAUGCCUGUCCAACAUUUUCUGGUAGAUCCUAGCCAUCCCCUUCAAAAUCAUUUGAGUUCAUUGUCAAACCAUUCUAACCAUCCAACCGUGAUUAACUGAUUUUUUUUUCUAUCCUAUAAUUUAAAUUAAGUUUAGUAUCUAGUUCUGCCUUUCAGAUCAGCAGAAGACUAAUAAAGAGACCUCUUUUAGAAAAGGCAUAAUGGAAUCUUUCCUUCCCUCUUAGUGUGCUAUGUCUCCUUAUCACGUGUGUUUUGCACUACAAUCAAGCAGAUGGUAUUGAAAAUGUUAACUGCACUGGCAUACUUGAUUCAGGGCAGAUCUGCCCACCGAACAAUGGAGAAAUAUAAUCUCAGGAUAUCCCAUAUCUGAUUUGCAAUGUUUAAAAAGAUGUUGCAGUAAAUUAAGAUGUUCAAGUUGAUAUUUUCAACUGAUUGUAUAAUGUGUAUGUUUAUGAUUAAUUCUGUGCAGAGUAGCUGGUAUGAGCUUAUUUUAUACUUUGGUAUGAUAUUUAAUAAACCUAUUAGUUGGAUAUUUCCACAAAUGAAGGGAAACACAAUAAAAGGUUUCCGAUUAUCAAAGAGGUGAGAACACCUCUAUUUGCACUAUUUUGUGAACAGUCUUUUAAGUAUGUUUAUUUUUAAAAGUUAUAUAAGCAGGAUCACUUAUGUAGCCCUUUAUCAGUCUUUUUACUACAGGUAAUUUGUUCUCAGCAUGGCUCUAUCCAUCCAUGUACAGGAGGACAAUAUCUUCAGGCCUAAAAGUCCCCAGAAAAAAGCACACCCUCUGAAAUUACACAUCAUUUCAAGAUGCAGCCUUCACAAAAUGCUUGCAAAGUAGUGGUAUUUUCAAAGACAAGGCACAGUUGCUUGGCAUCCUAAAUAAAGCACUCCAUAAUGCA